AUGUAUUCUAACACUUUCGACGGUGGAUGGGAUGGAAUGAUAUCGGCGAUGACAGAUACAAACAAAUUAAGAGAGAUAAUUAAAUCAGAGUACGAUAUUCUUUGUACAAAAUCAAAAUUAGAUGGAACGACAUCUGUUUCUCACAAAAUCAAAAAGGAAUACCUAAAGCAGGUUGCUACAAAGACAGAUACACCUGUAGACUACAAUGACUUGGCCAUCAAUGCUGACCAAUCAAACAGAACAUCUGUUUCUGACAAAAUCAAAAAGGAAUCCCCAAAGCAGGUUGCUACAAAGACAGAUACACCUGUAGCCUACAAUGUCUUGGCCAUCAAUGCUGACCAAUCAAACAGACACAAGGACAUCAAUACUCAGGAUACUCUGGCGACAUAUGUCGAUGGUGUAGUGUCCGGUCAAAAAGCUGAUGUAUUUGUCAUCUCCGAGGUGGCAAAGAAUUUCUCUUCAAAGUGGUUGCGCCCUAAACUACCAGAACGCUAUUCGAUGACUAGUCAUGUUCUAGCAACUGACUCAUUGAUAGUCGGAUGGGAUAGGACAGUAUUUGAAGCCCAUGGCGACGUUACAAAAGAAAAUGUUGACCAUGUGAUAAUAUGUGGUGAUUUCAACACCAGCCCCAAGGAGUUGGAGGAAUAUUUUAAUGAAUUGGGACUCAAACUCUGUUUCAAAGGAAAUGACCAAAGCACUGCCAAUGACACAUGUCCAGAUAAUGUUUUGAUCAGUGAUUCCCUUAGCCCUUUAAAAAAGAACAUCGCCUCAGAAAAGAGCAGAGAUGAGGAGGAUAACGACAACUCUUCCUCUUAUAUAUUUAGGAUUGGGGUGAUUCGUAGACAAUUAUUUCAAGAGAUUGAAACGAUUGUAUGGAUACAUGAAAAAGCAAGAGCAAUGCUCGCCAACUAUCCAAACAAACGACUGUACAUCAAGGGUAGAGAUUUGAAAUGUCUCGGACUCCAACAACUGAUCGGCAACUAUGCAAUGCCGUGGAACUAUUUCAAAGACUAUCUACCACCAACAAUCCUAGGUACAGCUGAUCAAAAGUCUAGACGAUCAAUGAUCAACAUGUACUGUGCACAUCCCAAUGCUACACUCAACACUCUUAAUCGUCUUUUAGAAUGGUCACCUGAUUUUGAAGUAGAAAGACAUGUAUUUACAUGGGCUGCAAUGGCUGGUAAUCUGGAUAUAGUUCAAACGCUUCAUAACAGAUUUGCAGAUACCAUUCAAGUCAAUACUAGUGCCAUUGACUCUGCCAGUUCAAAGGGUAGAUUAAAUGUAGUAAAAUGGUUACAUUUAAAUCGUACAGAAGGUGCAACCAUCAAUGCAAUGAAUAAUGCAGCCUCUCAAGGAUUCCUUGAUAUCGUUUCAUUCCUUCAUUUUAAUAGAAGUGAAGGUUGUAAUAUUUUAGCAAUGGAUCAGGCUGCAGAGAAUGGACAUUUUGAUAUUAUAAAAUUCUUGAAAGAACAUAGAUCAGAAGGAUGUUCAAGAAAAGGUUACGAGAAUGCAAUCAAGAAUAAUCAUAUUGAAAUUGUUAGAUUCUUGCAAGAGCAUUAUCCCAAUCAAACAACUCAACUUGAAGACAAUGGUAGUGUUGUUAAUGUCUAUUCAGGUUCGUUUUCAAACUCUAUUGAUUGGGCUGCCUCCCACGGUCAUUUUGAAAUGUUGGAACUUUUACAUAAUCGUGGGGACAAAGCUACCAAAGUUGCAAUGGAUCUAGCAGCAAGUAAAGGACAUUUAAAAAUUGUAAAGUAUUUACAUACACAUAGAACUGAGGGAUGUACAACUAAUGCUAUGGACAAUUCAUCUAAAAAUGGGUUUAUGGAAUGUGUAUUAUGGUUACACGGUAAUAGAACUGAAGGAUGUACUACCAAUGCGUUGGAUAAUGCCGCGUAUCACGGUCACAUGAAUAUUGUUGUAUUUCUAAAUGAGAAUAGAUCUGAAGGUACACGUUGCAUUGGAAUAGAUGAAGCUGCUGGACGAGGGAACAUGGAUCUUGUUAAAUACCUUGAAUUGAAUAGAACCGAUGGUCACAGAGCUGCCAAAGCAAACGCAGCUAAAGGAGGACACUUGGAAAUCCUUCAAUUCCUAUAUCAACGGUCACCACCAACCUUUAUGCCUAAAAGAGGUCUAGUUGACAUUGCUUCUGAAUUUGGACACUUGCAUAUUGUCGAAUGGCUUUUAACGAGUACUCAAGAACAACCUAGUUAUUUGGCAAUGGAUAAAGCAGCGGCCAACAACCAUUUAGAUAUUGUUAAAUAUCUACAUCAUAAUACUAGUGUUGCAUGUACAACCUUGGCAAUGGAAGAAGCCAGUGCUAAUGGUCAUUUAGAGGUAGUACAAUUUUUAAAUGAAUAUAGAACUGAGAGAUGUUCAUUUUACGGGCUUUCCAAAGCAGCUAGAAAUGGUCAUGUAGAAAUAUGUAGAUAUCUCUCUGAAAAGAUAAAGGGUGGUCCUCCAAUCCCAAUCACAUCAUUGGCUAUGGAUCAAGCAGCUGAAAAUGGACAUCUCAAUGUUUGUUUAUAUCUUCAUGAAAAUCGAACCGACACUAGAUGUUCAAUCGCUGCAUUGGAUAUGGCCAUUGCCAAUGGUCAUCUCAAAGUUGCUCACUUUCUCUAUCAUAAUAGAGUAGAAUGUAAUCCAAACCUCAAAGUACCAACUAUUAUAGUCCAACCCAAAACCACAGAAGAAAAAUACAAAUCAAAAGGUUUCUUGUUUUCAAAAUUAUUUAAAUAA